GAGACUGUAGGGUACGUAUAUACAUCAUCAUAAAUAAAAUUUAUUCUAUAUCCUGACCAGUGUUAGUAAAUAACAUACUAUUUUUUUUUUGUAAUUUUUUUUUCUUUCUAUAUGGAACUUGACAAAAAAAUGAACAAUGUUAAAUGGAAUAAAGACACUGAGUAUGCUCUUGGACUUCACAAAAAGUUGAUAAAUUUUUUGGGAUAUUGGCCAACAGAGUAUCAAAAAUUGGCAAAAAUAAGAGUUAUUAUCAUCAGUGUUAUACUGAUUGCUGUUGUGAUAAUUUUUAUUAGAAAUUUUAUUCUAUACGGUAAUUGUGGAACUGACGAAGAAUUAGCUGAAACAUUAAUUAUAGCGACAGCAAAUAUAAUGUCAAUUAUAAAAGUACUACUAUCCUGGUAUCACAAAAAUCAUUACAAUUAUAUUAUAAAUUCACUAAUCAAAGAUUGGCAUUGCGUUAAUGAUAAUAAUUCACGUAAAAUAAUGUUAAAAUACGCAAAAAUUGGACGAAACAUAUUAAUUUUCCAAUUACUUGGAUCAUAUGGAACAUUAAUUUCAUUGUUUAUACGUUAUCCAUCUACAGAUGAAGUGGUCAAUAAAUAUAAUAAUGAUACAAUAUUAUUAAGAAAUAUUCCAUAUGGACUACGUUGUUGGAUACCUUUAACGAUGCCAUGGAAUCUUUAUGUUGGACAUUAUUUAAUGUUGUGUAUUAAUGGUUUUGUAACAGUAACAGCAUACAUAGGUGGUUGUCUAUUUAUGUUUACAAUUGCAAUUCACAUUUGUGGACAAUUUGAUAUUUUACAUAAUAGCAUUGAAAAUGUCAUUGGUGUUGAAAAUUAUAAACAACAAUGUUUUAUUAUUAAAAAAUUUGUCAUAAGACAUAAUGAAUUGCUUGAAAUUUUAAAACAAUUUGAAGAAGCUUGUAAUAUUAUUAUAUUUUUUGAAGUAUUUACAAAUGCCAUUGGAAUUUGUAUUAACGCAAAUUUAAUGUCAACUAUAAAAGUUAUAUUAUGCUGGCAUCACAAAAAUCAUUACAAUAAUAUUUUACAAUCGAUAAUCGAAGAUUGGUAUUGUGUUAAUGAUAAUAAGACACGUAAAAUAAUGUUAAAGUACGCAAAAAUUGGACGAAAUAUAUUAAUUUUUCAAUUAAUUGGAUCAUAUGGAACAUUAAUUCCAAUGUUUGUACGUUAUCCAUCUACAGAUGAAGUGGUCAGUAAAUAUAAUAAUGAAACAAUAUUAUUGAGAGACAUUCCAAGUGGUCUUCGUUGCUGGAUACCUUUAACAAUGCCAUGGUAUCUUUACGUUGGACAUUAUUUAAUUUUUUGUAUUAAUGGUUUUGUAACAGUAACUGCUUACAAAUUUGUCAUACGACAUAAUGAAUUACUUGAACUUUUAUCACAAUUUGAAGAAGCUUGUAAUAUUAUUAUAUUUUUCGAAGUAUUUACAAAUACAUUUGGUAUUUGCAUAAACGGAUGA